UUUUUCAGCAAUAGCCGAGUUCAAAUAAUUUUCACCAAAACAAAAAAAACAUGAGUUCAAUUCAUUCAUUCAUUUACUCUGAAAUAAAAGAAAAACAACAACAUUCUUCAAUUGAAAAAGGGAACAUUCACCAAUGGCAAACUCAUCUUCCUUAACCUUCAUCAUGAUCUGCGCCGCCGCCAUAUUAUUGGCUAUGAGUUUCUCCCGGACCGCCGUCGCUGGUGGGGACCACCAAUUGGGAAUGGGAUGGUUACCCUUAACGAAGGCAGUUUGCGAAGGCUCCAUAGCGGAGUGCCUGGAAGAUGACGAGUUUGAGCUUGAUUCUGAGAUCAACCGGCGCAUCUUAGCCAAUACCAAGUACAUCAGCUAUGGUGCGCUGCAGAGGAACACUGUCCCAUGCUCUCGUCGCGGUGCUUCCUACUACAAUUGUCGACCAGGAGCUAAGGCUAACCCUUACAACCGUGGUUGCAGUGCCAUUACGAGGUGCAGGAGCUAAAUUUUUUAAUUUUCUUUUUUAUGUUUUGAAAAAUGGGUUUUGAAUUUGUUUGUUAUAUUAAUUUGUCGUAUUAUGUCAAGAAUUAUGGUCAUGGUAUUGGUAAUCGUUUUGGUGGUUGAUUGUUGAUGAUGAAUAUGAAUAUUGUACUAAUGUUAUUUUGAUUUGAAAUGUCUUUUGUAGAGGGUAAAAGAAUGGUAGUCGGUUUUUUUUUUUUUGUUACUUGCUUUCGUGUUUAGUGUUCUGUGAAGCACUGUGGUAGUCAGAUUCUGAAUCACUGACUCAUUAAUGGUUGUUUUUGUUUUCCCAAAAGUUCA